GGAAACGCCUAUGGCGACGGCUAGAUUAUCAAGAUUGCAUGUUGGAGGCGCCUUGGAGUGUGUUCAUCAUUACGGUAGACCUACACCGAGGAGGUGAGCGGAGAGCAGGUUCCCAGUUGCAUGUGACGGUCACUUGUUAGCCAGGCCAAGAGGAGUAGCAGUCUGUCCACACCGACACAGCCCAGUCCUAUUCUAUUCAACUACAGGCUUCAGUAUGAGUAGUAAGAAGCUGCUGGUGGAUGUGGACUGUGGGGUGGAUGAUGCUCAGGCUAUCAUGAUGGCACUGGCCGCCCCUUAUGUAGAGGUCCUGGGCAUCACCUGUGUCCAUGGCAACACCAAUGUGGAGAACGUGUGCAAGAACACGCUGCGGGUGCUCCAAGCCUGCAACAGACUGGAGAUCCCGGUAUUCCGCGGUGCUGCCAAGCCUAUCCUGGGGAAUGUGAUCAGUGCGGGAAACUUCCAUGGCCAGGACGGGCUAGGGGAUGCUCCAGACCCAAACGCUCCUGGGCUGGACAUGCUGCAGAUGGAAGGGGCGGUACCUGCACUGAUCCGGAUAGUCAACGAAAACCCUGGAGAAGUAUCUCUGGUGGCCACGGCUCCCCUCACCAACCUGGCUCUGGCUGUAAGAAUGGAGCCAUCCUUCCCCAGCAAACUCAAAGGCCUCUACAUCAUGGGAGGCAACACAGAGUCCAGAGGAAACACCACAGUGUGUGCAGAGUUUAACUUCGCUGCCGACCCGGAAGCAGCUUACAUCGUCCUGAAUGACUUCCAGUGUCCCACUUACAUAGCUGGCUGGGAGUUCACCUGCUACAGCAAGCUGCCCUGGUCGUGGUGUGAUGACUGGCUGGCCCAGGAGUCAGAGAAGGCUCACUUCAUGGCCCGGAUCUUCCGCCACAGUAUGGAGGAGUCGCACAGCGAGCGCUCCCAGACAGAGAUGGUUGACGGCAUGGGCUUUGUGUCAUGUGACUCCUACGCCAUGGCGGCGGCCAUCGACGACACCUUUGUGACCGAGAGCAACCAAAUGGCGGUGAGCGUGGAGCUGACGGGCACACACACGCGUGGCAUGAUGAUCCUGGACACGCUGGGCAUGCUGAAGAAGACUCACAAGGCCUUCGUUAUGAGGAAGGUGAACAUGGUGAGGUUUGAGCAGAUGAUGAUGGACGCCCUGAAGUAAUCUCUAGGUCUGCUACAGCUAACCACUAGAUUGUAGAACCAAACUAACAACCAACAACUACGUGAACGCUCUAUGGGACCGUAACCAGGGAAAAGUGACAACUCCAACCUCAUCGGGUCACCCCAAGACCAUACUUAAUCAGUGACACUAUGAUCCAUCUUGAAUGAAAACAUUACUACAGUGGUAAUUGUAGACCUCUAUUCAUGAAUGAGUUUAAAUACAUUUCAUAUUUAAAUUUUUUAAAUAAUUUCUUACAUUUUGUAAUAGUCUGAAGGCAUUUAUAGAUGUUAGAAGUAUUAUGAUUGAGUCACGGUAUUGUCUUCAGAAAAUAAUUUUAGGCCAGAGAAUGUCCUCAUUCUCAGUACUACUGCUGUUCACACUGAACGAUGUAGGAAUAAUAAAAGCAUUGGGCCAGUAACCGAAAGGUCGCUGAUUUGAAUCCCCGGGCCGGCGGAAAACAGACACAUUUCGGUUGAAUGCAUUCAGUUGUGCAACCCCCUUCCAUUUUACUGUAUUAUUGGCUCACGCUGAUGUCAAGAAUCAUGCCUUGUCAUUCAGAUAAAAAUGUAAAAUAAAUCGAUGGAAUUAAAGCUCA